ACAGAACACUUGAUGAUAAGGUGAUAUUCUAUAAACUUUCCUUUCCUUUUUAUUGGUAGGAAACGCAUAAGAAAAUACAAUUUAUGUUUAAAUGUUUUAGGUUGACAUAUUUCGGAAUUGAUCAACGGAGAUCAGCGUGAUUGGGAGGAACAAACAGAAAGAAGAUGAAUAUUCAAUCGGACAUAUUAUUUUUUGUGAUUUUUGUGUUAACAACUUUAAUAAAUUCCAGUGGAGCAUUUGGAUGGUAUGAUGGAUACAGAUAUAAUAUGUUUACCAAACCACAAAUUUCCGAAGACUCGGAGACAGACUCUCAAGCAAUCUUAUCCUUGUGGUCCAAAUAUCAUUUUCUAAGACGACGCCGAACUAGUCUAGAUAACAACAUAUUUAGACCAAAUGGAUUAUUUAUGAAACGAUUCCUUCAUUAUUCACCUCUGAUAUUUAUGAAGAAUAAACACGCAAAGUCUAAUAAAACAAAGUUAAAAACUAUUCCGAGAAAGCAAGAGAAGCACGUGUACAAACCAUUCAAUGCAUUUGGUAUGUUCAUCAAUGCCUUUAGACAGCCAUUACAAACGGAAUCUAUACACGGUGAUGCAGGCUUUACCGAAAACGUGCCAGAAAUAAAUACGGAAGAUCACUUUCACCUUCAAAGAGAGGGAAUUCCAACUUUAAAAAAUGCUGUAUUAGAUGUGUCAAAUGAAGAAUCUAGAGUAGUACCGAAUCUGUCCGAAAUUGAAAGUGUCGAACCUAUCCGUCCAAAUCUUCCUAUUAGCAAUCAAGGUAUAUCUAGGAUUGCUGACCAAGAAGAUAGUGAUAGUGACAUAAGUAACGAUAACCAUUUUGGUAUCAUGACAAGUCAGGACCAAGUAGGAGAUGAUUUAGUGGGUGCCAGCCACCGCCAAUCUUCUGGAGUUCAUCUGAUUCCUUUUACUGAUGAUACUGGAAAUAGGUUUUCUGAUCUAAAUCCUCACGGAGUGAGUAGUCCUUCUAAAGAAACCGCUAAAAAUCUAGACUUACCACAAAUUGUGCUCGAACCAAUCCAUCAACGGGCCAGUGUUUCGGGUGGUUUUGGAGAGGAACUUCACAGCAAGUUAGGAUCUUUUUUUCCCGAUGACAGUCUAGAUCAGGAUACCUUUGACGAGUUUUCAAGCGAACCAGUCAAAGGAUUUGAUACAGGUUUCAAUGACGUAUUUCAAGAUGGUCAAACAGAUUAUGGCACUUUUCGCGACAUAAUUCCAGAUAAUAGUGAUUUUUCUAAUGAUGAUCAGGUUUCAAGUGACAUCCCGGUAGGAUUCGGAUUUUCUGACCAGAGUGGAUUUCUGGAUGAAAGUGGGAUCUCGGACAAAGAUUUGUUAUCGAAGACGGGAUCUUUUGAAGGAUCUUUUGCUCCUUAUCAGAAUAUUGAUAACUUCUAUAAUGAGGAGUUUGGGACAGGCUUUGACAAUUUUGAAAAUUUAGACAGUUCUGACAUAGCUGGUGGUGAAUUUUUCAACGAUGGAAAUGGUUUUGAAGGAUUUUUUGACACGGACGAAUCAGGAUGUGAAGGAAUCCGGACUCGUUCCUGUCACGCGGACACGGAGUGCUCCUGCCUUGGUCUUUACUUUUGUAUAGAAGGAACGUGUGCUAUGAGGGCCGCCAUACCCAAUGGUGAUCUCGGUGAUAGUACCGAGACAGCCGGAACAUGGUCGGACAUGUCAGGAGAAUUCCUGUAACGGACGGUUGUAAGGACACGAUUAAGUUUGUUGGUGGACACUGAAAACACAUCGUAACGGACGGUUGUAAGGACACGGUUACGUCGUAACGGACGGUUGUAAGGACACGGUUAAGUUUGUUGGUGGACACUGAAAUCACAUCGUAACGGACGGUUGUAAGGACACAAUUACGUCGUAACAGACGGUUGUAAGGACACAAUUACGUCGUAACGGACGGUUGUAAGGACACGAUUAAGUAUGUAGGCGGACAGUGAAAACACAUCGUAACGGUCGGACAUCGAGAGAGGGAAGUGUAUGAGGGUAAAAACGGGGAGGAAAUCAGUUACUUACCUAACUACAGUCAAACGAUCUCUAAUACGGCAUACUUAGUGAAUAUCACCACAAAGUCAUUCAGAGAGUAUGUAAGUCGGUAAAAGACAAUAGCAAUGGAUACAUUCGAGUUACAGCAAGUCUGAAGAUGAUGUAAGUGGUGGUUUCAACAAUGGAUUUGUUAUCUGAAAACAUUUAAGAUAUUUAAUGAUUUAGAAAAAGCGAUUUCAACCUCUAUACUAACGUUGGAGCCUUUGGAUGUAUCUCCCAAAUCUUGGCGAACUGGUCAAUGUGUUAAUUGUUAAUCCAGCACUAUAGUUUUUGUUACAUGUAUACUUUACUUAUUUAUGUAUAUUUUAUCGUUUGUCAUAACAACUGUGUUACUGGUAUAUCAGAGAAAUCCAUACCAUGAUGGACGUAUACCUUUGUCUCCAGUACACAUAUAACUAUCUCAUUAAAAUCUAUUAAGGCGUAAGUUAUAACGGAUGUUUGUUUGAUCAAAUAUCGUUUUGUUUUGUGAUAUUGCUUUUAUAUACUCAAACAAUAUGUCAAAUCAA